AUGCAUAACCCGUGUGACCCCAGCGUCUCGUCUCGUGGUGAGAGGAUGCGUUACCCAUGUGACCCCAGCGUCUCGUCUCAUAGUGAGACAAUGCGUAACCCGUGUGACCCCAGCGUCUCGUCUCGUAGUGAGACGACGCGUAACCCGUGUGACCCCAGCGUCUCGUACGUCUCGUCUCGUGGUGAGAGGAUGCAUUACCCAUGUGACCCCAGCAUCUCGUCUCGCAGUGAGACGACGCAUACCCCGUGUGACCCCAGGGUCUCAUCUCAUAGUGAGACAAUGCGUAACCCGUGUGACCCCAGCGUCUUGUAUGAGACGACGCGUAACCCGUGUGACCCCAGCGUCUCGUCUCGCAGUGAGACGACGCGUAACCCGUGUGACCCCAGCGUCUCGUCUCGCAGUGAGACGACGCGUAACCCGUGUGACCCCAGCGUCUCGUCUCGUAGUGAGACGACGCGUAACCCGUGUGACCCCAGCGUCUCGUCUCAUAGUGAGACGACGCGUAACCCGUGUGACCCCAGCGUCUCAUCUCCUAGUGAGACGAUGCAUAACCCGUGUGACCCCAGCGUCUCGUCUCCUAGUGAGACGAUGCAUAACCCGUGUGACCCCAGCGUCUCGUCUCCUAGUGAGACGAUGCAUAACCUGUGUGACCCCAGCGUCUCGUCUCGUAGUAAGACGAUGCGUAACCCGUGCCUUUGCAUCAGGUUUCUGACUUUGUGGAUGAGUUGA